UGUGGCAGUGUAUGUGUGUGUGUGUGUUAUGGAGUGUACGCGAUCGAUCGUCGCAUAAGUGCGACUUGCAGUACGCAACGCACACUACACCAUUGCGCACAUAGACGUUCUGUAGUGGAGAGUGGGUGCGGCCUCUUCGUCUGUCCCAUUCGUCGUAUCGCACUGCCCAUUCAUACACGUACGAACGCGACCGUUCGCGAUGCACCUGCCAAAGUGACCCUGUUUAGUUUCGAUGUAAAGUGACCAUUAUUGUGCGUGCAUCUAAUAGACGAGGGAAGAUAAAUCCAGCAUCCAGCCUAAUUGUCCCAACAAGAAACACACACACAAACACACUGCUUCUUUCUCAUGGUCGACGCGAUUGCAGCACUUUGACAUUCAUCAUCAUCAUCAUCAUGUUUAUGUUUUGUUUUUCUUGCGCGGCUCAUUCGGGUUUUUGGUUUUGGUGAACCCGAACGCGUGUGAGAAAAUGUCAGAGGCUGUGGCUAGAUAGAUACGCAGCAGCCGUUCGCGCAACAGAGAAACAGAUCGGUCGCAAGGGCCACCAGCUAACUACCGCAGGGCAGGAGGAGUAAGUGCAGAACCUGUUUUGUGUCACUUUUUUUUUUCUUCGCUUGCAUUUCCCAUGGUUGAUUAGACAUGGUCUAGCAAACAGUGAUUAGACGUUAAUUGGUUGUAAAGUGAUAGGUCGUUUACAAACAAGCGAUUGGUAAAAAUCGCAGCAUGCCACAAUUGAGCAGCGUCGAACCAUUCUGCGCACAGAACCAUUUCGCUUGAGUGUGGUGUUUUUUUUUUUUAAUGAAAAAUGGUGCAUAAUUAUUUCUGUAGAUUUUAAAGUGAAUGUGUGUGAAGAAACAAGUGCGUCUCAACACUAGUGGCAAUGUUGUAGGAUUAGUGGUUAGCUAACAACCCAACACUAUACAGGAAAAAAGUCCAACAUAUUACGGAAUUCCGUCCGUUUGUUUGUACUGCUAAUUUUUACUUCCCUUAAAAAAAAGGAGUGUUUCAACACACAGACAAACCCUCCGAACAAAUAAACAAAAACCCACGUCCAGCUAUUAUCGCUUAAAAUCAUUGGCCACUACGCAAUCUUGAUGUUCACACUCGCCCGCUACAUGAUUCAUCGGUACACGGAAAGCUAAUCUUUCCCCGUUUCGCGUGUGUUAGAAUACGCGAUUGGGCCAUCUUGACGCCAGCAAAUCAAUCAACAAGCAAUAUAGGAGCAGUGGUGCUGGGGAACAAAAAAUGUGACACAAAUCAACGACGAUCGAUCGGUCAAAAGGUGCCAUCAGUGAUCAAAUUCAGUACAAAACUAAGCGAUAUGGAACCUUGCUGGUCGGGCAGUAGUAGUAGUUGUCGUAGCAGUAGCAGUAGUGUGCUUUGGAUGCUGAUUCUAGCAAUAGCAACCGUCCAUCAUCCGUCCACUGCUGCCGCCGCUGCCAGUGUGUCCGUCUGUUCCUAUCUAUGUACUUGUACGAACCAAAACUUCGCAACCGUUGACUGUGCGUUCGAUAGCACCAACAGCAACUGGACGGAUGCUGCAUCUUUCGUGCUCGAUGAAAAGCUCCUUGUGCCGGCCAGUGCGACCGCUCUCAACAUUAAACUGAUUGCCGGCGGGCAGCUUGUUAUACGAAAAGAUUUUUUCAAACAAAACAACAUCAACCAUCUAUCGAUCGAUGGCAGUGAGUCACGCACGGGAUCAUCCGACACGUCCGUACAAUUUCAUGAAGGUGCGCUGUGCAACAAUAAUGGCCAAUUUCCGGAGAUCGUCGUAGCAAACAUCGGUCGGCUGGUAAUACACAGAAAUAUAUCAUGCAGAGCACAUCUGCUAAACAUCACGCACGUGAAAGAUGUGCUGCUUAAGACUGAAUUCCUAUCGGUGGACGAAGCGGAAGUGUUCAUCCAGGACGUCAGCAAUCUCCAAAUUGAACCGAACGCAUUCGGUGGUUCUACAUCGUCUAGGAUUCAAAUUUAUCGUACCACUAUCGAAAGUCUUCCGAAGCUUGGAGCUUCCUUUCGGCUGUUAAGUUUUAAUGAGUGCAACAUUAGUGAGAUCGUUAUGCAUGCGUUCGAUGCAAACGAGGUAGAGCAUGUAGAGUUUGUCCGCUGUCGGCUAACGAGCCUGCGGCAAAAAGCGGUCACCGAACGAUUGCUUAGCGAUUCGUUCAUUUUUCGCGGCUGCUACAUUCACCGUAUCGAGAAACAGUUUGUCGAUGGGAGCGGAUUAAAGAAUUUGCUGCUAGAAAGCAACACGAUCGAUGAAAUUGCUGCAGAUGCCUUUACCUUUACAAGUAUUUUUACGAUAGUCACCGGCAAUCACGUCAUACGCACCGGGAAGGAAUGGUUACACCCGAAAGAUUGGCAAAACGUGACGAUCGCAGGCAAUUCGUUUGGCGAAUUUAAUGGCAUACUGCUAGAGGAUCGCAAGCGGGACGACAGGACGAAAGCACAUUGCUACUUCGGCAACAACACCAUCACCAAUGCGCUCCCGGAUAGUUUUACCUUCGGACACAGUUGCCAUAUCAGCGCCAUCCAUUUCGGCCGGGAGUGUGGCUGUACGUACGACAGUUGGUUAAGGGAGCUGGUUGGACCAGUUGCUCAUCGUGAAACGUUGCUAUCCACCGUCGCUGCUAGCGCUUCCUGCCAGGUUGAGAGCAGCAUGCGAUAUUGCUUUAAUCGCAGCGAAGCGCCAUCGAACGAUACGUCCGUUGUUGGCUUAGGGCAAGUGAAUGUGAAAUACUUCCUGAUGGAGUUUUGCCAAAAGGAUGGAUCGAACAAAUGCUCUUCGUACACAAGUAGUGAGGAAAGGAAUCGCAAACCACCACCACUGAUACCGUUGGAUAAGAUAAAUUCACUGGGCGAUGAUGACGAUGAUGAUUUCUUGCUGGAUAAGAUGCUAUGGAUUUGGAUUGCUCUGGCCGCGCUGGCAAUUAUUUUGCUGCUGCUAUUCACCGUUUGCUUUUUUCGGCGUAGAGUCAACCAAACGCGCCAAACCAUGACAACACAACCACCAGGUUCAAGAUCGGGCACAAUCCGUUCUGCGUCGCUCAAUCGAAGUACAUUCACUACGGCUGACAGACGCAUCAUUGCGAGCGCGCUUGGCUGGAUCAAGGGUUCGUACGAUCACAAGAUUUGGAGCGAAAUAAACACUCCGAUGCAGCAACUACUUGCCCCAUCGCCGGGCGGUGGGUGCAUUGAGGAGCCUGUGAAGGUACGACUAAUUGGAAGUAUCCUCGACAGCCUGAAGCGUCACGAAAUUAGUGCAACACAAAUCGUUGCACUGAAUGAUAUACUAUUCCGCCAGCUGGGGCCACCGCCACCGGAACUGGUUGAAAGCGUACGACCAAAUAGUGGUGCCACCAAUGAUGAGCUGGGACACAUCUACGAUGAGCUGCAACUAAACCGGGCACCGAUGUUCGAGAGCUGUGGAGCUCAUAACGUGGGACUGCUUGGUGAUUACGCAGCACCGUUGGAUCACGGUGGUGUGACCGUUGUCCCCGAGAGCAUAUACUCCGAGCCCGUGCUACACGAUCAGCUGUUGUUGCAGCGAAGUGGUGACAAUCGGAGUCUCAUCAGUCCGUACGCCAUCGGAGAUGCCACGGUGCAACGGAAUCCGACUGGUACCGAAGCGAACCUACCGGACGUUAUUAUGCUUCGUCGACCCACCGAAAACGCACCUUGGAAGGCACCCAGCGAGGAGGACAAUGAUGACGAGGAUGAGGACGAAAUUGAUGGUGAAGCGGAGCGUAAAACGAUGCUUCGUCCAGUGGACUGUGGAGACGGUGGCACCGGUCCAACGUAUGCGAUAUCGAUGAAGCAACUAAAACGGCCCCACAGGGGUAACACACCACCACCACCACCAACGGAUAGUGGUGAAGAUCAACCGGACGGGACCGAUGGUAACCGGUCGGAACAUUCCGGCAGUAGCAUGCAAACGGUUCGCAUCGAAGAUAUGACCCUUGCAGACGAUAGCAAUGAGCAACAGCGGCAAUAAAAUUAUCUCAUUUUUCAAGUCACAAAAA